AUGCGUUUUGCAAGUAACCCGUCGCAAACUCGGCGGCUUGCAUUAAGCAAGCGCGACACGUGCUCAGCUUUCAUAGUGGACGGACCAAGGCGACGGGACUACAUAUUGACGAGCGAUGGCCGGUGGGAGCGCGUGCGCGGCGCGGGAAAGUUCUGCGCGUACUGUUGGUGCGGGCUAGCGCUGCGCUGUUCUGGUGUCUACGCGGGACCGGCUCCAACGGCCAGCUACUUUCAUAUGGGUAUUGUUAUUGUCGGUCAAUUCGCAAUGGCCGAUGGC